UCUCCCACUAUUGAUUUUUCUUCAAUAUCUGGGUUGAUAAAUGUGUUCUGUGAAAAUGCUUUGGAUGUCAUAGUCUCCGUCACUAUUCUAAGAUUGUUGUCUGGAAUGUAAAAGAAAACAACAAUCGUAAAAGUUGAAUCUGGCUGGAGCGUUGGAGAAAUUUAGCUUAGGUGUGACAACCACGCGUAAUUGAUAAGUCACUCCAGAACAAGCAUUGCUUUUCAAUGAUCUACUGGCAUUGAAGUAAAUCAUCACCACUUACCUGGUACUUGAAUUUGAUCUUUUCGUACAUAUACGCGACAUCAAAUGUAUGAAUCAAUUGAUCUAUGAUCGAUCAACGGGCAACCUUAGCCCAAAUGCCUUCGCGCGCAUCCAAGCCAGUCGAUUAAUUCAUGCGAUUUCACCAGCCCCGAAGCUACAAUUCAAUGGUGGCGAAAAACGACCAACUAUAGCCACAGAUGCAGAAGCUCGAGAAUAUGAGCCAGUGAAGUUAUGGGCGCACCAAACUGGAGUGAACGCACUAUCGAUAGAUAGAUUUGAAGGAAAGAUGUAAGAGUGAAAUGAAUGUUUAAAAGUCGUUAAAACAUUGGACUAACAAGAGGAUAUAUAGUCUUCUUUCUGGAGGAGCAGAUGCAUCGAUCAAAAUUUGGGAUCUUGAUCAAAUCCCCACCGGGGCUUCAGACUACACAUUCCGACCAACCGGAAUAGUCCCUAGGUAUUUCACAGAUUUCUAUCAUUGUGCCAAACAGUUUGAAAGCAUCCACUAACUCGGGUCUACAGGAAUGCUCCCGCGCACAAGUAUGGCAUUACACAUCUUAGUUUCUAUCCUUUUGAUUCUGCCGCUUUUCUCUCUUCAUCAUACGAUCAUCAUCUCAAACUAUACGCCACAGAGUCUCUCCAAAUCUCUGCAGACUUCGAUUUAAACUCUAUCGUCUAUUCGCAUGCCGUAUCUUCCAUUGCACAGCAUCUUCUGGUGGCUUGCGCAACUCAACACCCAGCUGUCAGACUCGUUGAUCUUCGGUCAGGCGCAAGUACACAUUCAUUAGCCGGGCAUCAUGGAGCUAUACUCUCCGUCGCUUGGCAUCCGAAUAUUGAUCAUAUAUUAGCUAGUGGAUGUGUAGAUGGUACGAUUCGUCUUUGGGAUAUACGCAAGAGUUCUGGAGCAGUGGGUUUGCUGGACUUGGAGGAUGCGAUUGGGAUUACGGUUACACAUGGUAUGGCAGGUGGUCGAUCAAGAGCUUCAGCUAGAGCACAUUCAGGCGCUGUUAAUGGUCUAACCUGGACGGAUAAUGGAAAUUAUAUCAUAUCUGCAGCGCAUGAUGAAAGAAUUCGCGUCUGGGAUGCAGCUACGGGUGGGAAUACACUUGCGAGUUUCGGCCCAAUACUAAAGAAUGGACAUCUCUCAAGUCUACCUCUAGUAGUAUCACCUACGGCAUUAACUCCUCCCAUGAAAGAACUUGUAUUCUUUCCCAAUGAGAAAGAAAUUCUCGUUUUCGAACUCCACGAAGGCCGCCUUCUCAAACGGUUGAAAGUUCCUGGUCCCACUUUAGCAGCAGUCCGAUCUCGAACUGGUGAAAGAAAUAUCAGAAAUCGUAUUACAGCAUUGGCUUGGAGAGAACCAGUCGAUGGUAUAUACUCCGCUCAUUCUGAUGGAAAGAUUAGAGCUUGGAUACCUAGAACUGAAGAGGAUGUCGAGUUAGAUCGUGAUGAAGAGGAGGAAGGUGAGACUCGGGAUAGAGAUGAAGAUGGCAAGAGGAAGAGAAAUGUUCUGGAUGAUGUUUUUAGGGAUUUGACGAGACAGAAAAUAAGUUUUGGUUAAGGCUUCUCUAUAAAAUAAUUUAAACUCUCCUAAACAGAGACAUUCUCCGUUACUCAAUAUUACACUGACUCGAGCCGCGUUAUUUCCAAU